AUGGCGCAACUACUGUUACGACCCACUGAGCGCUGUCAAUUCUCUGCUCAGGUCCUGUGUACAGGGGACAGCGGCAAGCUCGAGAACAGGGUCUUGGCUAUUAUUGUCAACACUCAAGCCGGCGUCGAGGAGGCGUGUGUCUUUAUUAUUAAGCGCACAGGAUUGAUGGCGAGUGUCCUCCAGGAAGUGCUCCCUGUGUACUUUGACUUCAGGAUCUCGGUUGCGCAAACAAAGCCCGUGGACAAGGAUGAUAAGCAGUCGAUCCAGGAUUCAAAGAACGAUUUCACGCUGAAGUUGUUCUGCGACCAGACAGAGGCGACUGUGCACACGGACGAUCUGGAGACACUUCAAGGGUUGCUCAAGGAACUCAGGCGUAGUCACCUCAUUGCUCAGGACGACAAUUUCUAUGCUGGAGGAAGCAGUCAUCGCUGGAUCCAGUACUACACGAUAGACCCGGAAGCCCAUUCACCAGCAGCGUCAGGAUCGAUCCAGACUAUGGAAGAGUUCAUCUCCUCUACGACCAACCCUCUGUCGAUGUAUUUCCUUCAGCCGGAAGAGAGCCAGGCGAUUGUUCCUUCCAGUGGCCCACGCCUGCAACUUGGGUCUGUUAAAGAGAGUUGGGUCGAGAAGGAGAUGCGCGCCAGGGAAAGCGAGUUUACCGAGAACGGGUUCAUGCAUGCUUUUGUAGGCACAUGGAAUGUCAAUGGCAGGAAUGCUACUCAGAAGCUGGAUCCAUGGCUCAAGGUCGAGGGCGAGACGCAGCCCGACAUAUAUGUCCUCUGCUUCCAGGAACUCGAUUUGAGCGCAGAGGCGUACAUUGUCUUUGAUGGGGCCAAGGAGGAAGAGUGGACACGCGCCAUCGCAGAAUGUCUUGGAAGUGGUUAUCAAAAGGUCACGUCGAGACAGCUCGUAGGAUUGUUGAUUGUUAUGUUUGCAGCAGUGGAUCAGGUCAAAUACAUCAAGGAGGUCACUGCCCACGCUGCAGGUGUUGGAAUCAUGAACAUCCUUGCAAACAAAGGAGGCGUCUCGAUCCGUAUCCGAUACAAGGACUCGUACCUGUGCUUUGUUGGAUCCCAUCUGGCAGCUGACACCAGCCAAGUGGAAAGGAGGAACCAGGACUACCAGGAAAUCUGUCGUCGCUUGGCGUUCCCUUCUUCGAGCACCUAUGAUAUCACCAAGAGCCCUGCUGGAAACGCAGCUCUGGCUGCUUCUAAUAAGAUGGUCUCCAUCUUUGAUUGCGACCAUACAAUCUGGGCUGGAGAUUUGAACUAUCGCGUAGGGUUGCCCGAGGACGUUGUUAAGAAUCACUUGAAGACCAACAACUAUGAGGAACUGCUGAAACACGAUCAGCUCGGAACCCAGAGAUCGAUAUACAAAGCAUUCUCAGAGUUCGAGGAACACCCUAUCAAUUUUCAUCCAACCUACAAGUUUGACGUUGGCACCAGUACAUGGGACUCAAGUGAGAAGCGCAGGGUUCCGGCGUACACGGACCGCGUUUUGUGGCGUUCCAAAAACGUGGCCAAGGACAGUGUCGAGCCCCUUUUCUACAGAUCCCACAUGGAGCUCACCCUCAGUGAUCACAAGCCCGUCAGCGCCCUCUUCAAGCUCAAGGUCAAGACACUGCUGCAGGACAAGCAAGCGGAAGUGCACCAGGCGAUUGUCAAGGAACUGGACCGGUACGAGAACGAGUGUAUGCCCGACGCCACUAUUUCUUCGUCGAGCGUAGUCUUUGACAAUGUCAGGUACCUGGAACCCAAGAAGACCACCAUCACAAUCAAGAACACUAAACAGUUCCCAGCCCGCUACCGGUUCAAACCCAAGUUGCAGGAUGAGCGGUUCUGUAAGCCCUGGAUGUGGGCCAAUCCCCCUGUCGGAAUGAUCAUGCCAGGCGAGUCUACCAAUAUCAACUUGACAGUUAUGGUGGACAACGACUCUGCGCCAUUACUCAACACGGGACGCGAAGUCAUGGAUGACAUCUUGAUCUUGCAUCUGGAGCACGGGAAGGACUACUUUAUCACCGUCGCUGGAUCCUAUGUCCGCACCUGUUUCGGAAACUCGCUCGAGUGGCUGUCACGUCUUGAUCGCCCUAUUCGACUCUGGAACCCCAAGGAGGAUGAGGAGCAGGAUGAGGACGAGGAUGAUACCGCGACGUUGUAUGACCGUUACAAUGUCCUUGGCACAAAGUCGUCCAGGAGCAGUAUGAAAGAUACGGAUUCUCAUUCGACAACGACGGCCGGUGAAAAGCGGGGGCAGUUGAAGAAUGCAAAGUCGUUGGAUUCUUUCUCGGAGAAGGACGCGAUUGAACGCAAGUCGAGUAAGAGUUCUCUUGUGGGAGAUCUCAAGUCUUUGCAGCUUGCCAAUGAGAAGCGGGCGGUGCCUCCAGUUCCUCAUGUUGUCAAGAAGCAGAAACCUGUUCGACAGCUCAGUCUGCCCAAGGACCUUUGGCGUAUUGUUGACUUUAUUUACAAGCAUGGCUUCUCUGUUGAUAACUUGUUCUUGUUGUCGGGAGACCAACCAACAAUGACAUAUAUCCGGGAGUGUCUGGACACGGGCGAGGAGUUUGAUCUGACUCGUCUUCUAGGCAAGCCCUCCCACGACGACGAUAAGAAGACCUCUGAUACUCAGGACCCAUCGCCAGGAGCAGAUGCGUCCAACUCGCCACCAUCAUCAGCCUUGUUGACGCCCCGAGGAUCAACCGCUUCCGACCUCAAACCCCAAAUCGCCCGCCCAGUCUCGAUCAUGAACGGUAUCCCACCCAAAGCCGCGACAUUCGGACUCGGUGAGAACAGGGGAAUCCACUCCAUGGCAGAAGUGCUGUUACGCUUCUUGGAGUCCCUGCGAGAACCUGUGGUGCCGACAGAGAUGUACUACCGGGCACUGGAGGUUGCGAACCAUCAGCAGGCGGCGUAUGGGCUUUUGGAUCUCAUGCCGCCCGUACAUGUGAACGUGUUUGUGUAUAUCACGAGCUUUCUGAGGGAGUUGAUUCUUAUUGGAGGGUCUUCUUCGGCGGCUGGUGGUGCUGCAGCUGGGUCUAAGGAUGGUGGAAAUAAUGCUCAAGCGCCCCAUAGUGGUGUCAGUGGAGCUGGAGCGAACAGCAACAGUGGAACGACUGCUGCUGCUGCAGGAAGCAACAGCCCGGCGUUGGGACAUGGGAACCACCGUGUGAUGCAGAGCAGUUCUGGAUCGAUCUAUAACGGAAACGAUGCUGCUAGUAUUAGUGGGCGCGGCAAAGAUGAUGAAAACUACCGCGUCGCCAGGCUUGCGGCGGUGUUCUCAUCAGUGAUGCUGCGUCCCCCACCAGGAGCAGAGAGGUUGUCGGAGGUGGAGGCGUUGAGGCGAAAGACGUUCUUGAUGCAGUUCUUGCAAGAGCCUGCUGAGGAGGAGAACUUGCUGUCACUUGGUGGUGGGCAGUCGUCGUCGUCGUCGUCUGGAGGUGGUGUAUCGUCGUCGACAGCGGCUGGAGGAGGGGAUAUGCAUCAUCCUGGUGCGUACCCUGGCGCUUGA